ACACACACACACACACACACACACACACUCACACAUUAACCAUUCUUUAACCCUUCUAGAAAAAAAAACUCUGGACCUUAAAGAUAUAAAAGAGAGCAAGAUGAACGAAUGGACAGAAGCAGGAAGGGAGGGGCUGAGUGACUGAGAGAUAUAGAGAGAGAGAGAGAGAGAGAGAGAGAGAGAGAGAGAGAGAGAGAGAGAGAGAUCGUUGUCUUCUGGUGGGAUUUAUGUUCUCCAGUUUCAUGGCUUGUGCUCACACAGCUACGUGAAGCAUCUUAGCCUACAUUUACAACGGACAGCCGCAGAGAUGUGGAGUGUCUGCUUAGUACUUUUCCUCCUGUUACCUGGAGACUCUCAUUCCAGUCUCACACACUCUGAUUUGUCAUGUGUAAACGACUACAUGAAGAAGAUCUGGUGUGUGUGGAACAGCACUGUGUGGCUCGCAGGUCAGAAGUGCAUCGUUCAGGUGACCAGAGACACACAUAGGGGCACAAAAAUUAAGAACUGCUCCCUGGACACCACAAGAUCCUGCGUGAUUAACAUGUCCAUUAAAUUCAACUUUGCUGAGAAUAUGAUGGUGGACGUGUUUUGUAACGGUACUCAGAUGGACAGUGUGAAGCAGUACCAGCCCGGCCGACACGUUAAGCUCCACCCACCUGAUCAGCUGAACGUUAUCAGGAACAACAUGACGUGGAGUCGAGGAGCUCAGUUCCCCCGGUUAAUCACACAAUGUGUGUACGAGGUGCAGGUCAAAGCCAAGCAGCAGAGUUGGGAGGAAGUUAAACCACGCAGUGUGGAUGGCACGUUUGUGCUGUUGGACGGCGUCUGUGAAGGCGAUUGUGAAUCACGUGUGCGAGUGAAGCCCCUCGAGCCAGAGAGAGAGGACCAGAUCCGAGGCUGCUGGAGUGACUGGAGCCCUGCUGUGUCCUGGAGGUCAGAGGUCACCAGGAGCACACGAGGACCACACAAACCAGAGAUGACUAACACCCAGAUGUUUAACAUCUCUCACCCUGCAGUCAUAGCAGGAGGACUGGUGGGGAUUGUAGCGCUCAUCCUCAUUCUCCUUAUUCCACUUUCUGUCUACCGACACAAAUGUGGGCUGAAGGUGGACUGUGAGCACGUUCCUGAUCCCUCCAAAUACUUUCAACCUCUCAUCAAAGAGCACAAGGGCAACUUUCAGGAAUGGCUGGGUCCUAAGCACUCGACGUCUCUGUUCCUGCCUCCUCAGUCAUGUGACUGUGAAAUCUCUCCCAUCGAUGAAGUCUCUGAUGCGUGGGACGACCCUCUGGCUAGCAACAUGCUGCUGGCCUAUCCUAAUCACACAGCAGCUCUGCACCGCCAAAUGAGCAAUAGCAGUGAGCUCUCGUCCGGCGUCUCUAACAUGGGUUACUUCUACAGUGAGUACCAGCCAGGCUCCGUGUGCCUGGACUCCUGCCCUGUCUACUUCACUUAUCAUCCCGAAGCUGGCGUCAUCCAGACCAGCCUGUCGUACGAGCGGCUUCACGGAACCAUGCCGACGAGCCCGGACUCCGGCUUCGGCAUGGAAACAGAAAAAGAAGAGGCUGAUGAAGAGGAACAGGAAGACAAGGCAGGAAAUGGACAGAAGAUAGAAUGCAGUGGGGUCAACAUGCAGCACCUGGUCUCGUUCAUUGUGUCCUUGCCUGAGAACACGAGGACCACCAACCCACCGCCAUCUUUCACAGAGUUCACACCAUGGCAGGAGGAGCCUGAAUCUUCAGGGGUCAUCGUGAACUCUGAGCCUCUGGAAACCGCUGCGAUUCGUCCAUCAUCCAUGGUGGUGCAGCCAUGCAGCAGCGGCUAUUUAACCCUGAAGGAGAUGCAGAAAUACAGCAACAAAUCCAUCUGAUCACAUUUUCCAAACUAAAUUCAAAUCAAAAUGUAUUUUAUGGGGAGGGGCACAGUGGCUUAGUGACUAGCACGUUUGCCUCACACCUCCAGGGUUGGGGUUCGAUUCCCGCCUCCACCUUGUGUGUGUGGAGUUUGCAUGUUC